ACGAAUAGAAUAGGAAUAGAUGACGGUGAUAGAGCCUACGCCGGUUACUGUGUUUACGGGAUUUGUGGGAGCGGGCAAGACUACUCUCAUCAUAUCGCUGUUGAAGAGACUUCCGAAGGAUUACAAGGUUGCAAUUCUCAAGAAUGAGUACGGUGAUGUGAAAGUCGAUUCGGAGCUGGCAGCACAGAGCUCAGGGAACUUGGCUGGCGUGCAGGAGAUGCUGAACGGGUGUCUGUGCUGUGUGAUGACCGGCAAGAUGCGUGACGCGAUAGUCGAGAUUCAAGAGAAAUAUUCGCCCGACCGGAUCUUGAUCGAGACCUCAGGCAGUGCGUUUCCGGCCGCGAUCUCGAUCCAGCUGCGGGAGCUUGCGCGCGAGCUGGGCGAGGAAGGCGAGGCGCGGAUCAGGCUUGACGGGAUCGUGAAUGUGAUUGAUGUCGAGAACUUUGGCGGGUACGCGGACACGUCAAAGUCUGCGUCGCUGCAGGCGCAGUACACUGAUCUGCUGGUGUUUAACAAGUGGGAGGACGUGAGCGAGCGGCAGUUUGAUGUGGUCUGGGACCGGGUGAAUGAUUUGAAUACCGACACGCCAAAGCUGAAGAGCGAUCGGGGUGCGAUUCCGUGGGAGGCUAUUAUGGGACUUGAUUCGAAGCUCGGGUUGGCGGUGCUGGAGGAUCAUGACCACGACCAUGACCAUGACCAUGGCGACGGGGGUGAGCAUAUGUCAGAGAUCGAGACGUUGACGGUGAAGUUUGCAAAGACGGCAGGAGACGGAAGCGAGCUGGUCUCGUUUCUGGAGUAUCUCGAGAAAGCGCCAAAGGACGAGAUUUACCGGAUGAAGUUCAUCCUGCGCCUGUCUCCAAGCAUGAUCCCAGCCGAGCACUGCAGCACUACCCCGUCCUCAUCAACUAACAGCACUUAUAUCCUGAACUGGGCGUUUGGAAGAUACGAGUUCACCGAGAUCGCAGAAGAGCGGGCGGCUGCGCUGAUGAAGACCGACGCCCUGGCAGGACUCGGGACGGUGAUGGUCGGGCGGGGCGACGGGCGGAUGUUUAGAAAGCGGUUGAGUUCGGGUGUUUUGGGCAGCGAUGUUUCUGUCGAGCUUUCUUAGACUUUCUUAGACUUUCUUAGACUUUCUUAGACUUUCUUAGA